AUUUAAAUAUAUAAAAAAUACAUACAUAUAAACACACAAACAUAGAGGCCGAUUGUUCAACUCUGCUUAAAUGCGAUGUUUCCCCGUAGAGUCAGUAGGUGUUUGAGGUUUUUUAGAGAAUCACUGCUGUUUUCCUUUUUGACUCGGUUUAGCGUUUUCAUUUCAAAGUACGUCUCUCACACGCCAUGGUUUCUGAGACCUGCCCCAGUGUGUGCAAACGUGUGUGCUGGCAUUUUGCUUUCAUCUCUGAAGUUCGUUUGACACGAUCACACAAUACUGAUCUAAUAUCAACUGAAUGCCAUUGAUGUUAUGCCCCUGAAACCACCUGAUAAAAUCUAAUUAAUCUAAAUCGAAUUAAUCAUGUUUUAUUAUUUCAAUGUUAGAUAAUUUUGUGAUAAUUACACAAAUUAAUUAGACACGUUUUAAAACGUAUUUUAAUUUCAGUAUGCAAAUAUUAAUAGGCAUUAAGAGAACCCCAGUUUUCAAAUUUUAACGUGUCAAACCAUGACCGAAAUUCAAUCGACAUCUACAUCAAAGCUGACUCAUACGGAGCUUAGAGACGCUAUACACUAAUCAACAUAUAGUGAUGAGUGUGUGGUAUACUAGCGCAUGCCGUGUAUCAUAUAGAGCGAUUGGUGUAUGCACCGUACGCUAUGUGCUAGUAAGUGUAUAUGGCGUACUGUAAACAGGGACUGGUGAAUAGUCAAAAUAAGUCAGGUUUAUUUCUCCACUACAUUUUCGGUUAAAUGCAAUAUGUUUAAUCAAAGUCCUGAACAGCUUAACUAGUAGAUUAUAAAGAUAAUUUAAUGCCUGUUAUUUUAUAAUUUAACUAAAAAUAUCACAUAACACCAAUAAGCACCUCAACUAAGCUACACCAAAACAACACAAGUCAAUGUGCUAUGCACCAGUAGGUGAUACUGCGUACAGUAUAGGCAAAUAAGCGUGCAGGAGUACUGAAUACAGGGAUCGGUGUACACCGUGUAUGGAAUAUUCUACUAAGUAUACAUAGCCUACUUAUACAGGGAUCGGUGUACACCGUGUAUGGAAUAUUCUACUAAGUAUACAUAGCCUACUUAUACAGGGAUCGGUGUAUGCAGUGUACAGUUUACACUGAUUGUGCAUACAAAGUACUAUAUACAAUGAUAAGUGCAUACAGGGGCUCCAAGCCUCAGUGUCCUUUUUCACGAGUUCCCCGUCUCUCUGUCUUUGUAGCUGACCUCAAACCCAGCCCCCUCUCUCCUGCCAUGCCUCGCUCAUUCCUGGUCAAAAGUAAGAGGGCAGGAUCGUACUCCCUGCGUCCUCUAGAUGCCAGUCCCGGGUCGACCACCUCCACUCUCCGAACUGGGCAGCCCUGCGGACUCUCGGUGGAGCCGGCGUCGCCGGGGCCUCCCCCCGCGCAUGCCGCGUCACGUGCUGUGGAGCCUCAGUGUCGGGACACCCCCUCCCCGUGCCCUCGUCACACCGUCCAGCCUCCAGGCUCUGUGACGGACGGCGACCCGCACCCUGCUUGGUCCCCAGAGCACUCAGACCGCAUAGCAGUGCCGACUAUGUUGCCCUCUCCAUCAUUGCCGUGGACCCCACUGUGUUCUGAGGCUCUGCAGAAAGAGUUACAUUUCGAGAAACUGCUGAAUACCAUAAUGAACCACCAGCAGGGGGCGCCAGAACAAGGACAGCUUGGCAACCUCCAUUGCUCUGUAUGCAGGUGUCUCACGUGUAGCAAGAUGUUUCCCUCCGCCUCGAGUUUGGAUACUACUCAUAUGCUCUGGUCACAUGGCACGAGGCUGACUGUCCCAUUGGCCGCUUACAGCAAGGAGAGCGGCCAGUCAUAUAACAUCAGGCCGGACGCAGGAGUAAAUGGCAGAAUAAAGGAGAGGAAUUUCACCUGCAAGGUGUGCGGCAAGGUGUUCAAGCGCUCGUCCACCCUGUCCACGCACCUGCUCAUCCACUCGAACACGCGGCCCUACCCCUGCCAGUACUGCAGCAAGCGCUUCCACCAGAAGUCCGACAUGAAGAAACACACCUUCAUCCACACGGGCGAGAAGCCCCACGUCUGCCAGGUGUGCGGCAAGGCCUUCAGCCAGAGCUCGAACCUCAUCACGCACAGCCGCAAGCACGACGGAUACCGUCCCUUCUCCUGCCCCGCCUGCCACCGGGGCUUCCAGCGCAAGGUGGACAUGCGGCGCCACCAGGAAUUGCACUGUGGAUACAACGGCGUGUUCGCGGAGAGCUGAGGACUGGCUGGGAAACACACACACACACACACACACACACACACACAACAACCUGUGGCAUUAAACAAACCACUCACCUCCAUUGCUCAGCCCACACAUCAUGGCUCUGACUCUGUACAUUCACAAAUUUUAUUUCCCAUCGCCAGUCACGCAAUCUCUGUGAUUAAAGGGCCACGACCUUUGCCAUUCUGUUAUGACGAUGCGGCCCACACACAGGCUGAAACAGAAAGCCCUCUAUACAUGACGACACCGUUUCAGCGAGGACCGUACACCAGAAUG